GCAUUUGCAAUGACAAUCAACAAGGCUCAAGGACAGUCAGUCACAAAUGUUGGUUUGGACUUAUGCAUUCCUGUUUUCUCACAUGGCCAAUUAUAUGUUGCACUUUCAUGUUGUACAUUGCCUUCUGCAAUUAGAAUACUCUUACCACCUCAAGCACCAACUGUAGAGAUGCAUAGAGUCACUCAAAAUGUUGUAUAUCCUGAAGUUCUUUCCAAUAUUUCUUAG